AUGGGCAACAAUUCUUCAUCGGUUGGCCCGACCUUAUCACCCACACCUUCAAAGAAGAGCCUUCUCAAUUGUUCUUCUCAACCCUCAGGAUUGGUCUCCAAGAAAUCAUCCUUCUCUUCACAAUCAGUUUCAUCCAACGGGGAGAUCAAGAGUAGUAGUGGUAAGACGAAUGAUAACAAGUCUCAAAAAAGCAAUACGAGCCUCGCCACUACUCGGAGCAAUGAGCAAGCUAACAAGUCCUACAAGCAAACAACAAGUAGAUUUACAGAUAGAAUUGCUCGGUUGUCAGCUUCAAAAAGCAAAGCCAUCAUGAACGAUGAAAGAAAUUCCUUCGAAUUUAGCGAUACAACUUCAGAAGACUCGGAGGAACACGAUGAGCUCACCAUGAUACACAGAAAUAAUAUUACACAAAGCCAUGAUGAUUUCAGCAAAGAUUUCAAAAUGGCAUCAUUAAGGGAAACAAUUGGCUUUCUGAAAAAGAAGCCCAAAAAACCUCGAAAUAAUUUAUUAAUCUCCACAGCAUCCAUACCCUCCCUCGAUAACCCCCUUUCAUCAUCUACAUCUUCACUGUCAUCAGAAACAACAUUACGAAAAAGUCGACUUCCUCCACAAGCUCCGAAUUCGCCGAAACAUUCUAACACUAUCCAUCCAAUAUCGUUCAAUGACUCAUUGAUCGAUGUUGUAGAAGAUGAUUUUGAUCAGUCAUGGUUAGACCAACCAAAAUCUGCAUUGUUUUUACGUCCUGCAACUGGGUCUUCACGAACUGGCCAAGUUCCCACUUCCUCCACGCUCUCCAUUUCUUCACCUACCUCCAAAACCAGCCUCCUUAACACUACCACAUCUAACACAGCAGCUGAAUUGACUAGUGAGGAUAUUUCUUCUCUUUCUGAUUCAAUAUCCUCAUCACUGCCGUCUCUUCAAUCCUCUUUGUUAUCCAGUACAGGUCCAACUUCUCCUUCCUCAAAUUUUACCAAUAAUUCCAGUACACUCUCUAAAUAUUCAACUUUUGCACAACAAGAAGAAACAUUAAGAGUCAAAGAAAAAAAAGAAGUGUUAUCUCAAAAACUGUCUCGUUCUAAAAUUACACAAGUGUUCAAAAGCAAACGACUUAUUCCUUCUACGGAUCCCAACAACGAUUUUGUCCUUUCUGGAAGCCUAGAGCUAGGGAAAAUGUUUUCGAAAGCAAAAAGCAACAUUUCUUUUAUCAAUAAUUUAACUCAGUCUCUGGAUUCGUUUUCCUUAAAAACAAAACUCACAGACGCGUUUAAAGAAUUCACAGGCUCCUCACCCUCCAAAGAUCUUGUCACAAAUGAUGGACUUUCAUUUUCCGACUAUUUCCCUGCGGAUGACAGUGUUCUGAUCCCAUCUGUCGCCGAUAAAGGACCAACUUCCUCCUCCAUGAACGAUAGAUUAUCUUCUGUAAACAUUGACCGCCUUAUAGAUGUGGUCCAACCAUCGUCAAAACCUACACCAACCGUUCCCAAAGCUCAACCAAAUGCUAUCCUUAACACUGCUGUACCUACCUCGCAAAACAAAACGCAUCCUCGUGUUACAAAAUCAAGCACAUCCACGAAUAAGGGUUACUACAUGGAUUUUUGUGGAAUUACGAGCAACGUCAUGGAGAUUAUUAAAGAUUGUGAGGAAUGGUCAGAUUCUAGCCACAUAAAAUCUCCAUUCCAGAUUGAAAUUUCUGAACCCAUCAACAAGGCAGAAACCUUUCAUUUACCUCCUCGACAAGAUGAUUUCGAGAAUCGUUUUCUUACCAUUCCUGAUCUUAAGACAUUGAAGACGAACCAUCACUCACUGACCAAAGAGGAGAACCUGUUCGAUAAACGUGUUGUGAUGUCAUCACCAUAA